AUGGCGCGAGGUGCAACCACAGCUCUCAGCGAGUACGAGCUUGAGCGACAAGAAAGAAUCGCGAAAAACCAAGCGCUCCUCCGUACUCUCGCCCUCGAUGCCGCAGGCGCUGGUCUCGCGCCGACGAAAUCACGCUCAGCAACACCCGCCAAAUCGCAGAAAAAGAAGUCUGCAGCGAAGAGAGAGAAGGUGGAGGUUGUUCCACUCCGUACCUCGUCACGAUUGAGGGGCAUAGUCGCAGAUAGCGAGGUCGCGAAGCGCAAGGCAGAGGACGAACACGACGCUCUCCGCGCAGCCGAACAAGCUAAGCGGCAGCGCGUCAGCGGCGAUCUCAACCUGGGCGAUAUCGUGGUCGGUGGGCAGUGGGACAAGGCAGGGAACUUCCUGACGGGCGUCGGUCCGGCACGACCGUACGAGCGUACGUUCUCUGCGCAGGAUGUAAAAGAGACGAGCGACAAAGAGCUGAAGGCUCUGCGGGAGAAGAUGAGCGGCUUGAAGCUAUGGGAGGGCUUCGAGCCAAACCGAAUCAAGAUCACACCUGAGCGGAUCUACUCGCUAGGCUUCCAUCCGACGCAAGACAAGGCAUUAGUCUUUGCAGGGGAUAAGUUAGGAAACCUGGGUAUACUGGAUGCGUCACAGUCCAAUCCGGAGUCCAGGGAAGACGACGACGGAGAAGAGAUCAAUGAUGAGGAUCCGGUUGUAUCCACCUUCAAGUUACACACAAGAACCAUUUCCUCAUUCCAGUUCAGUCCCACGGAGCCGGAUUCGUUAUACACUGCGUCAUAUGACUCCUCCAUUCGAAGGCUGGACCUAGCAAAAGGUGUCGCGGUGGAAGUCUGGGGCCCGGCAGACAAGAGCGACGACGAGCCUGUAUCCGGCGUGGAGAUAUCCAGAACAGAUCCAAGCAUGCUAUACUUCACUACCUUAGCAGGCAAAUUCGGCAUUCACGACAUGCGGCAGCCGUCUAUUAAAACGGAGAUGCUUCAACUCUCCGAGAAGAAGAUUGGCGGUUUCACAUUGCACCCCGCGCAUUCACAUCUUGUAGCCACUGCGUCUCUUGACCGGAUGUUGAAGAUCUGGGAUUUGCGGAAGAUUAGUGGGAAAGGUGACUGGCGGCUACCGGCUCUGGUUGGCGAACACGAGAGCAGACUUUCCGUAUCUCACGCAUCGUUCAACUCAGCUGGUCAGGUUGCUACUGCCUCGUACGAUGACACUGUCAAGAUACAUGAUUUCAGUAAGUGCGGGGACUGGAAGGUCGGCACGUCUUUGACCGAUGCACAAAUGAAGCCUGCUACUAUCAUACCACAUAAUAACCAAACUGGCCGAUGGGUCACGAUUCUCCGCGCUCAAUGGCAACUGCAGCCUCAGGAUGGUAUCCAGCGAUUCUGUAUCGGCAACAUGAACCGCUUUGUGGACGUUUAUACCAGUAAAGGACAGCAGCUGGCGCAACUAGGUGGUGAAGGUAUCACUGCCGUUCCUGCUGUUGCCCAGUUCCAUCCCUCAAUGGAUUGGAUCGCCGCUGGUACAGCUAGCGGAAAGCUGUGCCUGUGGAUGUGA